CAGGGGCGGACUGACCAUUUGGAAACUUGGGCACUGCCCGAGGGCCCGGGGUCAGUAAGGGGCCCCAUGAGAUGCCCCUGGUACCUUUUUCAUAGGCUUUUUUGAGUUUGGGCAAGGACACAGGGACCCCAUGAUCCUCUAUUGCCCGGGGGCCCCAUGAAUUGUCAGUCCACCCCUGCUAGCUCCCCUCCCCACUUAUCUAUCAUACCCAGGGCUGCAGACUUUGUGUUUACCUUGGGGAAUUCAGCCUUGGGCAGCCAAAGAAGCAUUAGGCUUUUUUUUUUAGGGUGUGGUUUGAGUGUAGGCAAGGACACAGGGGCCCCAUGAUCCCCUAUUGCCCGGGGGCCCCAU